CAUCGGGUCAUCAUGGCAUCAGUCUAAGCUGUGCGCAGCUGGCGCGAACUCAUUAGACAUUCCACUCGACUAUCUUACUUACUUCCACGGUGCUCGUUCUACAUGGCAUCGAUUAGCAGCUGGUUGUGGGGAACUUCACAGCUCGACGAGGCCGUUGACAAGGCUACCUCGGAGCUCAUACCGAAUGGCUCAGAGGAUGUCGCUCUCAAUCUCGAGAUAUGUGACCAGAUACGCUCCAAGUCUGCACCCGCAAAGGACGCCAUGCGUGCUCUCAAACGCCGCCUUAAUCAUAAGAAUCCUAACGUCCAACUCCUCACACUCGGCUUGACAGACAUUUGUGUCAAGAAUGGCGGCGAUCAUUUCUUGGCUGAGUUGGCCUCACGGGAGUUCAUGGAUAACCUGGUUUCCAUCCUCAAGAUGCCUGGUCUAAAUAAUUCCGUCAAGAAUGAUAUCUUGAAAUAUAUACAGAACUGGUCCUUGGCCUUUGAAGGCAAGCCCAGUCUUAGCUACGUUGGUCAGGUCUAUAAGACUCUCAAGAGUGAAGCAUAUCAAUUCCCCCCAAAGGACUUUGCCCUGGCGAACUCUGCCAUGGUCGACACCUCAACAGCUCCAGAAUGGAUAGAUUCCGAGUUGUGUCUGCGAUGUCGCACUCCCUUUACAUUUACCAACCGGAAACAUCAUUGCCGAAAUUGUGGACAGGUUUUCGACCAACAAUGUUCAUCCAAAUCCAUACCGCUACCUCACUUUGGCAUCACCCAGGCUGUUAGGGUAUGCGACGGAUGCCACAAUAAAUUACAGAAAAAGGCUGAGAAGAGUGACAAAGGACACCGCCAUUCUGCAAGUAUGUAUAGCCCACGCCACAGCAGUCCGCGUGAUCUCGCAGAUGCCGAGCUCCAACGCGCUAUUCAGCUCUCUCUCGAGGAGUCCGGUGCUGCUCCCGGACGCAGGCCCGGUUAUGUCCCUGCUCAACCUUCCGCAUAUAACUGGCAAGCUUCCGAACCUCCUCUCGUUGACAAGAAGACGCACCCCGAUCGCAAAGUUACUGACGCAGAGGAGGAUGACCCCGACCUCCGUGCAGCCAUUGAAGCAAGUCUUCGCGAGGCUAGCGCUGCGAAACCGAGCGCACCUGUGGAGGUUUCAGGCACUUAUUCAUACAACAACGCGUAUGCCACGUCUCAAUCGUAUCCGCCCGCCGUCACGCCUGCCCCACCAGUGCCGAAGCUUACCAGUUAUGAUCUCGAGCCCUUGGAGACUGACGCGAUUCUUACAUUCAGCCAAACAGUGGAGCAGGUCCAAACUCAAGGGGGACGCGACAUGUCGCGGUAUCCUGCUGUCAACGAACUGUUUGACAAGGCAAAUGGGCUCCGCCCCAAGCUGGCAAUGAGUCUAGAUGAUACCGACCGCAAAGAACAAUUGCUAUCGGAGAUGCAUGAAAAGCUUUCGCAAGCCGUCAAGCUCUACGACAAGCUGCUGACAGAGCAGGUCUCACAUCCUGCAUGGCGGCGUUCUCCCCAGCAGACCCGCCCCGCAACUUUGCCAAUGCGUCAAUCAACACAAACUCCCGUCAACGGUUACAGUCAGUGGGCGCCUUCCCAUCAUAAUGCAUCUUCCGUAUCCUCUCCGGUUUUUGCGCUACCACGGACCGACUCUGCACAAUACGCCCCACAGCCUCUUAUCUCCCGACCCACAUUAUCUACUGUCCCCGAGUCAGAGCCUCAGUAUGCUCACUACACUGCAGGACCAUCGCAACACAAUUCUGAAGUUCCCGGGCCAUCACAGUAUUCCACGGGCCCCUUCGCCUCACCACCCGCUCCCCCCACGAUUCCGGUCCACCAACCAAUAUCAAUACCCCAGUUCGCUAACGCUCAUCCCGCACCGUCUCAACCACCACCAGCACCCGCACUUCAACCCAUAACUCAAGCCCUUACCCCACAAACGCCAGCCCUCGGACGGCACAACACCGUGUCCGCACGCACCGCAGUAUCCCCGCCACCCGCCCCACUCACGCGCUCAAGCACUGUAUCGCACGCGUCGCGUGUUCAGUACAAGCAGCCCUUACAACCACAGCUUCCGCAGUUCCCCUCCGCCCCAACGGCAGCACCGCAGUCGUUUGAACUGUACGCGCCAUCUGCGCCUACGACGGUUCCGGAGCGACGAGAGGAACUGUUGAUUGAUCUGUAGUGAUUUUUUUCUUGCUGGUGGUGUAUUGGUAGAUUGAUUAAUGUAGAAUCGCGGUCUGAUGGACUGGUCAAUACACAUAGUAGUUGGUUGUCUUAAGCAUUUCCACAGUGUCAAGUCUGGAAUGAAGUGGCAAAGUCAGUAAUGUCA